CAGACGCAGAAAGCGCUGACAAGGCACCUUGCCGUUUCCACCGCUAGGAAACCAACGCGAUGGACGAUGAUGCCAUGACGCCGCUACUCUUCGAGGGCCAAGGUCGCGCUAUUUCGGCCGCCACAGCCACUCGAUCCGAGGCCUCUACUGCGCCAUCCUCGCCCACCUCGAUGGACCAGGCGGCUAUGCGGACGCUGCCCAACGCUAACAAGGUGUUGGCCUUCCUGCACUCAAUCUUCGGACUGUGUCAACAGGUUCGAGACCGUCCUCGGGCCUGUCUGCAAGCGCAUGCAAGACUACACCAAGCUUUCCUACGAAUUGCGAGUGCUGCUAAGCAUGGGUCUUUGCCUGUGGGCUUCCGGUUGUCACACUUUAUCGUGCUCCUCAACCAGCUCAAAGCUGUGUUGGAUCAACACUUAAAACUCCCCAACCUUGUGGCAAAAGUGGCCGCUAGUCGUCGACUCCUGUCUGGACUGGCAAGAGUCCACCAUGAGCUGAACGUGGUGCUAGUAGACAACUCGCUGGCUAGUGCCACAAGCUCAUUACUCGAGUGGAAACAGCAAUUUGCCUCCAACCGAUUGCAAGACGAGAAGACUCUGCACGACACACUCAUGGCGCUACUGUCGACUCCAACUUUUGUCAAUAAAGAGUUCCCAAGUGAGCGUCGUCAAGCGUUGAUGCUACUGGGAUUGGUCGCGGAGUUCGCAUCCAAUGACCCACCCAGAGGUCAUUCAACCCAACUCGUGGAGACGCUUAAAAUGACCCAUCGACGCAUCUCUAAUUUGUGUGAUUUACAUCUUCGUCGAGUCCCGCGGUGGUUUUUACCCGGAUGUGAAGUGGAUUUUUCUCUAACUGAACACACGAUCGGCCACUCAAGAGGGUCUUUUGGAUCCACACUUCAUCGUGGUGAAGCAUACAGAUACAACUACAAUAGUGAAGGAGCUCUCAGUAGCUCAACAUCCACCGUAGCAGUCAAGUGUCUGUGGGCUCUCCCUGAUGUGCAAUAUCAAUUCGUAGAGCAAUUAUUCGCUCGUAGUGGAGUGGCCAAGUGGACUCGUGUUCGACACCCAAAUGUCGUGACUGUACGUGGAGCUUCACACGCUGCAACACCGCCCUAUCUCGUACGAGACUUUACCACAUACGGCGGUCUGACGUCGUAUCUCGCAGCACUAGAAACACGAGCAAAGCAAUGUGCCGGACCGGAGAGUACCGGCAAGAUGGAGGCCUUGACGUGGCAACUACUCUACGGUGCCAGUCGAGGCUUGUUGUAUCUCCACGAACAGCACAGUAUCGUACACGGAGGUCUACGUUGCAACAACAUCCUAGUUGACAAGAAAGGUCGAGCUGUGAUCGCUGACUUUGGGCUGUACACAUUGGCUUGUGACGCUAGGGACUCGGGACUCACGGAAUAUUUCCAAUUGGACGUGUUCGACGCAGACGCUGAAGAACUGAUCCGGUGGCAAGCUCCGGAGUGUUUACGAGAGCAUGUGGCGUAUCGAGAGUCACUUCGAUCUCUCUCUGAGACUGGCUCAGCGCUUCUGUCCAGUGGUUCAAGUGCGUCUGCCACGUCGUUCGCUACAGAUGUCUAUGCCUUUGGUAUGUGCAUCCUAGAGGCACUAACACGUACAGUACCGUGGGCAGGCUUGGAUAUCGCCAAGAUCCGGACACUUAAGGGCAACUUAAGUCUCCUCCCACCUCGUCCAAAGUACAUCUCUGUGCAGGCCUGGUCACUCAUUGAGAAGAUGUGUGCAGCUGAUCCGAAGCAGCGUAUUACACUGAGUGAAGCGUCCCAAGAGCUCAAGCGACUGGGAUACGGCAACCGAGUGUUUAAUCGAUCACAGAAUAGUAGCUCCAAGGAUCUAGAAGGUCUCGAAACGGACGCAGUGUCCAAAGUGGAUCGUGUAUCAAGUGUGCUCGAGGAAGUAUCACAAAAGCUUCAACAUCUCAGCAACGAGAGCCGAUCAAGAGGUAGUAGUACUACGGACUUGAAGACGAUGGAAGCCGAUGCAGCUGCCACAGUGGAGCACGUGUCCACGUCGUUAAGCGAAGCUUUUCAAGAUCUGAAAGAGAUAUCGGAGCGAUCUGGCAACGGGAGUGCAGCAGAUUUGGGAGAGAUCGAGGAACAGGCUUCGCAGAAGCUCGUGUGUGUGUCCAGUCUGUUGAAUAUUGCCUCUCAAGAGCUGAAACGACUGGGAAUGGGAGAUAAAGCGAGUGAUUCACGCAGCAGUAGUACGCAAGACUUGGUGGUUAUGGCGCAAGAAGCUCUGGCCAAGCUGACGCGUUUGUCUAGUGAGGAACCGAACGCUGUCUCAGCUGAAGAAUCGGGCUCAGACCUGAACUCUAGUGUUGAUAAGGAGCCAACGGGGUCGUCUACUGCUGAACCAUUUAUUAGUGCACCGUCAGAUCGAGUGGAAGCGGUUGAAGAAGUGACUGCGACGGACUUGUCAGCUCCCAGUGAGGCGUCCACGGUAGAGCAGACUGGUCGACGAGUCAAGGACUCUAUGUCAGCUCGAAGACAGCGAUACUCGGGUGCUGUCGCGUGGGACGCUGCUCCGGUGAAUGAAGAGAAAGUUGCGAGUAUUUGGAUGAAUGAAGAAGAGAGUAAGGCAACGGUACCUCGCUCUCGUGAAGUGGUACGCUCCCUCUAUGUCGCUCUAGGUGAAGACGGCAGCUCAACCAGCACGGACGAUAGUGCUGAGGCAUCUCCGGCUCCUGAAGCUAACAGCAACCACUCAGCUUAUGACCAACCGGAGCAAGAAAUGGACAGCGACACUGGAAGCUUCAAAGAUGCCAUCUCCGAUGACGACAGCGCAGUUCUAUUAAGUGACGACGACGUAGAAGGAGUGACAACGGGCGAGAGCUGUGUAGAAGACGAUGCAUUGAUGAUCGUGCCUGCUGAGUUCCAGACAGCACGUAGCUAUGACGAAGCCACUGACCCUAUGUUACACCCAGUUAUUGGUCUUCUGGAAAGUCUCCGAACAGAACCUGAUGAAGCUCUUUUUGUAGAGUCGUUGGCAGCUAUGAAGGAGGAUCUCGAGCUCUCAACUGCGUGGACUCUUGUGGAACGAGAAGGACUACUGACUCUGAUGGAGCUGGUGUGGAGAAACUACUCGGACGCUUGUACUCUUUGUGCUUUGGAGUUGCUACAGCUGAUCUCUACUCUCAACUCCGACUUCGUGACAAUCCUCGUCGAGUCGAAAGUCGUGAAAAUUCUCCUUGCUGUCGUCAAGCAUCGAUCUUCUCCUCAACAAGUGGACUUUGCAGCGUCGUUCCUCCUUGAAAUUAUCGCUGAGAACGACGACGCUAAGCGACAAUUGUGGAAAUGUCGAGGUGUUGCGGUGAUGGAAGACAGUCUCGUCAUUGACCGUCGACUUGUCCAAGAAGUCAAGAGUACUAUGGCGAAAUUCAAGCGGAGCGAAGGCUACAAGAGUCUCGAAGACGGCGAAUAUCACUUGGCAAUUGACAAAUUCACCGAAGCGAUUGCGCUGGAUCGUAAACGUGCUGGUUACUAUGGAGACCGAAGUCUAGCAUACAUGGAAGCGUCGAUGUUUAAGAAGGCAACAGAUGACGCGUAUCGCUGUAUGCGCUACAACCCAUACGAUGUGACGGGAUAUCUCCGUCACGGAUUGGCUCUUAAGGCCAUGGGCAAGUUUAAGGAAGCGAUGGCAUCACUACGCAAGGGAACGAAAGUCGAUCCCAAGUUUACGAAGAUCCAAGACGCUCUAGCGGACACUGAGAAGCUAUACAAAGCCCGACUUAAAGGUGGAGAUGGCACGGUAUUGCGUCGUAUGACAGCGGCAGAGUCGGCGAAACUCAAGAAGAAAGACGGCGACGAUGCAUUAAGGAAGAAAGACUUUACUCUUGCGAUCGAGUGCUACUCGGAAGCUCUGGAACUGGAUCCGAAGAACGACUGGGUGCAUCUACAUCGUAGUAUCGCCCAUGCUGCUCGUGGAGAUCACACGAAGGCGAUUGAAGAUGCGUCGAGAUGUAUUCGAAUCAACUACCGACAGGUAGAAGGAUACUACCGUCUCGCCUUGGCAUUACAUGCUGCUGGUCAACAUGACCAGGCCUUGAGUACGCUGUAUCGCGGACAAGAAGUGGACCCUCGACACGCAGGUAUUACGCGCUUUAUAAGCCAACUUGAAGCUGAAGAAGCCAAAGAAGCGGGACUGCCACUCACUAAUUGGUUUAAGGAGAAAGGGUACAGGGCGUUCCAGCUGCGUUCGUACGAAGAUGCGAUCAAGUUCUACACUAAGGCCAUCGAUGCGUCCCAGUCUGACGACGACGACGUGGUCAUGCACUGCUACUUGUACCGCUCUCGCGCUAACCAGACACGAGGCGAGUUCUCAGCUGUGAUUACUGACUGUACGUAUGUAUUGGAACGUCGUCCGAAGAAUGUAUUUGCGAGGCUUCGACGAGCUGAUGCGUACGAACAGCAACGUGACUUUCAUAUGGCGCUGAAGGAUAUUCGGGAGUUGGUGGCGCUGAAUCCGGAUUACGAAGAUGCCCAUGCACGACUUCGAUCGCUCGAGCAUCGAUGCAGACUCUUGCCUGGUGCUUCGGAACAUAAGGCUGUAGAGGUAGAUCUAUGAGCUCAUUUUGACACGAUCGUGUA